AUGGCUGAUCGCGCGCACACGUCCCCAUCGGGCCCCUCCCAGCAGCACCAGUCUUUCCCAGCCAACACCGAGCUACAGCUCAUUUCGAGGGGUGAACGGCGACCGCUGCCUUGCCUGAAUCCCCACUGGAAGCGAUACGAUGUUAGGCAGAUAGAAGGGCUCUCGAGCGGGGCGCAAUGGGAAUGGAGGAGCCGCGACAAUCGAAAAGGUCGUCACGUCCUCGUCCUCCCCCGCGAUCAAGCCCCUUCCCGCCGCGACCGGUCGACACAAUUCCUCCUGGCCCUCGUUCGCAUGUGCACCGUGUUCGCCUGGUGGGAUGUCUCUUGGUGGAUUGGAGUUCUCUUUACCGUAGGCUCUGCCAUUUUCGUUGCCUCAGGCGUCGUGUAUUGGCUACCCGUAGCCCACCCGUCGAGAAUCUAUCCAUACAACGAGGAAGUAAUCGGCGGAAUCAUGUCGUUCAUCGGGGCCACAUUGUUUGAAGUGGGCGGUAUUUUGCUCGUCGUCGAGGCCGUCAAUGCGAACCAGACCGGUUGUUUUGGCUGGGCGCUCGAGCAGGCAUGGGAAGAUUCUAGGGACAAACUCCCUGGCGAUGAUCAGGGGAAAGGCACACAGCGGACACAUGGCACUGGCUUCCGACCUGAUCGCAGAAACUGCACGCACAUCCACAACCACGAACGCGCGAACUACACCUCUCUAAAGACGAAGGGUCACCGAGCAGCAGUCCAACCUGUGCCUUCCCAAGACUGGAAAUGGUGGCCUACAUGGUCCGAGCUCCAGACACACUACCUACGUGAAAUCGGUUUCGUGGCCAACUUCAUCUUGUUCAUCGGUGCUAGUAUCUUCUGGGUUACAGGCCUGCUCUCUUUACCAGGCAUAUACGGCAACCUGCCACAAGGUGUCCUGUGGGGCAUCUACUGGCUCACCUUCCUCGUGGGCGGCGUCUGCUUCGUAGUUCCUUCGCUGCUGUACAUUCUCGAAGUGCAGGAGAGACGGUAUAAGCCGGCGCCUGACGUGGUGGGCUGGUGGGUCGGCGUGUGGAACAUGAUCGGAAGCGUGGGCUGGACGUGGGCAGCUGCACUGGGGUAUUGCAAUGCACACUGGUGUGAGUAUCAGAGCGAGUUGGCGCUCGUGUGGGCUGCGUCCGCGUUCUUGAUCGCGAGCGUGCUAUUGAUAUAUGAGGCGGUGGAGAAGUGGCCCGUUCGGGUGGAGGGAAAGAAGAAGGGGAAUGGGGCGUAG